AACUUCCAGAGUUCAUCUCUCUCACGCCUUGUCUCUCUCCAACGAACUUCCGUUUCGCGUAUGGCCUCGUCGACUCCGCCGAUCGAAUUUUCCGGCGAGUUGAUACCGGAUUUUAGCUUUUGAAGUGCUUGUGAUUUUUCUGUGGUUCUUGCUUGAGCUUGAUUGAAAAUUAUAGUGGAAGUAUGGAACCUUCCGGGAGUGAGCAAGGAAAGAGCUUGAAAAUGGUGACGAAAAAAGUCGGGAAGUAUGAGUUGGGCCGAAUGAUCGGCAAAGGAACCUUUGCGAAAGUCAAGUUUGCUGUGAACAAAGAGACGGGAGAGAAUGUGGCCGUGAAAGUCAUGGCCAAAAGCACGAUUCUUAAGCACAAGAUGGCCAACCAGAUUAGACAAGAGAUCUCCAUAAUGAAACUUGUCAGGCAUCCUAAUAUAGUUAGGCUGCAUGAGGUUUUGGCUAGCCAGUCAAAGAUAUAUAUGAUAUUGGAGCUUGUUAAUGGAGGUGAACUAUUUGAUAAAAUUGGUCACCAAAGAAGACUUCCUGAGAAUGAAUCUAGGCGAUACUUUCAACAACUCAUAGAUGCUGUUGCUCAUUGUCAUAGUAAGGGUGUGUACCAUAGAGAUUUGAAGCCUGAAAAUCUUCUUCUUGAUUCCCAUGGAAACUUGAAGAUUUCUGAUUUUGGAUUGAGUGCACUGCAGCAAAAAGGAGUUGAACUUCUUCAUACCAUCUGCGGAACCCCAAACUAUGUUGCACCUGAGGUGCUAAGAAACCUCGGUUAUGAUGGUGCCGCUGCAGAUGUCUGGUCAUGCGGAGUCAUCCUUUAUGUGCUAAUGGCUGGAUAUCUCCCAUUUGAGGAGGCUGACCUUCCAACCUUGUGCAACAAGAUAAAGGCAGCAGAAUUUUCCUGUCCCAUAUGGUUUUCUCCUGGUUCAAAGUCAUUGAUACAUAAAAUACUCGAUCCUAAUCCUGACACUCGUAUUCAGAUUGAAGGGAUAAAGAAUGAUCCUUGGUUCCAGAAAAACUAUAUGGCUGCAAGACAGAGAGAAGAUGUAGAAGUGAAUUUGGAUGACGUUCAUGCAGUUUUUGAAGAUGUUGAGGAUCAGUAUGUGACUGAGCAAUUCGGAUAUAAAGAUGGAGGCCCUUUGAUUAUGAACGCUUUUGAGAUGAUUACCCUAUCUCAAGGGUUGAAUCUGUCAACUUUGUUUGACAUGCGACAGGAUUACAUAAAACGGCAAACCCGCUUUGUGUCCCGCAAGCCAGCUAACGUUAUUAUUUCGAGCAUUGAAGAUGUUGCUGAGUCGAUGAGUUUUAAGGUUCAUACACGCAACUACAAGGCAAGACUUGAAGGGGUAUCUGGCAAUAGGGCAGGAAAAUUUGCAGUUGUCGUAGAGGUGUAUGAAGUUGCACCAUCCCUUUUCAUGGUGGAUGUUCGAAAGGCUGCUGGAGAUACUCUUGAAUAUCACAAGGUUUUGGGUUAACUUCAGAAUUACUGAAUUAGCAUCUUCCAUGAAAACUUCCACGCAUCCAUCCGCAGACUAAAGGGCUCACUGAUUGUUCAUUUCAUGACGAGAUGAGUAUUUGAUGUUGUCUGCUGGUGGCAAAUUAUGUGGAAGCAGUUUUGAUUAAUUCUCCCCAUCCAAUCACACGGUAGAAUCUGACAAUAAUUUUGGUCGUAAAUAUCAAGUACUGACAAUGUCCCUCUUGUGGUCACUUCCAACAGUUUUACAAGAACUUCUGCGCUAAACUUGGGCACAUCAUCUGGAAGCCAGAGGGUGUGGCAGAUUCCAAUCUGCCCAGAGCAGUUGCUUUCUGAUCGAGUUCUGCUUGUCCAAUAAAUUAGUAAGUGGAUAGAAGCAGGGAAGCUUUUUUUCCAUAAGCAAAUAUUCUCAACGUGCUGCUUUCGUUUUAUUUUUAUAGGCUAGGGUAUUUUGUGUAUAGUGUCAAUGUAAAAUAUCAGGUUACAUUUAGUAUUUUGUAGGUUCAUCCCCUGUUGAUACCCAAUAGUUCAUCCUACUACCCUUUGUAUUUAGAGGCUGCAUGCCAGAAAAUCACAUGUUCUUGUGUCAGAUGACAUUUUAUAUGAAAGUUACACAUGGAGAAUGGUUGUAAAUUACAGAUAAUAUAUAUUGAUUGUGUUAAGAUUAAAUAA